AUGACGACCGCUACUGGCCGAGCUGUGUUGUCCAGUCGAAGCUGGUCGGAGAGAGGAUAUGGAAUGGAAGAGGAUGGGGACGAGGAGGAGGGGACGAGGAGGAGGAGGAGGAGGAGGAGGGGGAGGGUCAUGGGAAGAGCAGAUGACGAAGGAGGAGGAGCAGAGUCGAAGGAGGAGGAGCAGAGUCGAAGGAGGAGGAGCAGAGUCGAAGGAGGUGGAGCAGAGUCGAAAGACGAGGAGGAGAGUCAAGAGACAAGGAGCAGAGUCGAAGGAGGAGGAGCAGAGUCGAAAGACGAGGAGCAGAGUCGAAAGACGAGGAGCAGAGUCAAGGGACGAGGAGCAGAGUCGAAGCAAGGGGAGGACAAGACGAAGGACGACGAGGAGCAGAAGCCGAAGCAAGUGGAGGACGACGAGGAGGACAAGGAGUGCCAGCAAGCAAGAGUACUUGCAGUGUCCCUGUGCCACUGGGCAUCGACCACCUGCCAUCGUCAUCCUCGUCUCGCCAUCCGCGUCUCGCCAUCCGCGUCUCGCCAUCCUCGUCUCGCCAUCCUCGUCUCGCCAUCCGCAUCUCGCCGCCCCCCGCCUCCUCUUCGUCCCGCUUGCUCGACAUCCUCGGCCACCCCCCUCGCGGGCCGCCCCCUCCCAGAGACAUCGGCUCUGUUCAUCGUUGCUGCUCGUGCUGCCUUGACUGCUGGCCUUUCGUCCUCGGUCGUAGGGCCGCACGGUAGCUUCGACGGUAGCUUCACGCCCACGAGCUACGACUGGGUUGCUCCUUGCUUGCUCCUCUCUGCCCUGGUCGAGCGCUGGUUAAGCGUGUCCUCGGCCAGCCACUCACCAGCGGUCAAGACGACGACCCGAGACCACCCCAAGACCACUCACAACCACUCACGCCUCACGAACUGGGUACGCACACGCACUCACCACCGCCAAGCACCACUCACCACCAUUCACCACCACCAAUAA